UGACUCUGAGUCAUGUGAUUUAACUUAUGACAGCCAGAGCUCCGACAACAAACAUCAACUUUGUUGUUUAGUGGAUGUUCUUGAUAUGAAAUAACUACAAUUGCGGCAUUUUGGACAUUAAAUAUGCAUCUCCUAAAUACAAAUUGAGAUAUUGCAGUUAUUAAUCGCGGACACAGCGUAGAAUAAUGGCGGAAGUAGAGGAGCAGGGCAGAAAACCAAGUGAGGAGUUCACAGAUGAGUCUGAGGAGGAGGACAGCGAAGAAGAGCCCAAGCUGAAGUACGAGAGGCUCUCCAAUGGAGUGACAGAAAUCCUGCAGAAGGAUGCAGCCAGCUGUAUGACCGUCCAUGACAAGUUUUCUCGCCUGGGUACUCAUUUCGGAAAGGUCUUCCUGCUGGAUAUCCAAGGAAAUGUGACUCAAUGCCUUGAUAUUGUGUCUCCGCAGAGUUCAGUGAAAAUCAACCAGAUCAGUCUGGAUGAAAGUGGAGAGCAUGUGGGCAUCUGCUCCGAGGAUGGGAAGGUUCAAGUGUUUGGGCUCUAUACGAGAGAGGGAUUCCAUGAGAACUUUGACUGUCCCAUCAAAGUGGUGGCGUUACACCCUCAGUUCACCAGGUCAAACUACAAACAGUUUGUCACAGGGGGCAACAAGCUGCUUCUGUAUGAAAGGAACUGGUUAAAUCGCUGGAAGAUGUCGGUGCUGCAUGAAGGCGAGGGCUCGAUCACAAACAUCCAGUGGAGAGCGAACCUCAUCGCCUGGGCCAACAAUGUGGGAGUUAAAAUUUACGAUAUCAGCACCAAACAGCGGAUCACAAACGUGCUGCGGGAUAACGUGAGCCUGAGGCCUGACAUGUACCCGUGCAGCCUGUGCUGGAAAGACAACACCACCCUCAUCGUUGGCUGGGGUACUUCCAUUAAGAUGUGUGUUGUGAAAGAGCGAAAUCCCACUGAAAUGAGAGAUCUGCCCAGCCGCUACGUAGAAAUAGUGUCUGCAUUUGAGACCGAGUUUUUCAUCAGCGGUCUGGCCCCGCUGGCGGAUCAGCUCGUCACCCUGUACUUUGUGAAGGAGAAUUCUGAUCACAUGGAUGAGGAGUUUCGUGCACGGCCUCGCCUCGACAUCAUCCAGCCUCUCCCCGAGAGCUGCGAGGAGAUCUCCUCAGACGCGCUGACCGUGCGCAACUUCCAAGACAACGAGUGCAGAGACUACCGCCUGGAGCAUGCGGAGGGAGAGUCGCUCUUCUACAUCAUCAGUCCCAAAGACAUCGUUGUGGCCAAAGAGCGAGACCAAGAUGACCACAUCGAUUGGCUGCUUGAGAAGAAGAAAUAUGAGGAGGCGCUGAUGGCUGCAGAAAUCAGCUUCAAAAACAUCAAGAGACACGACGUCCAGAAGAUUGGGAUGGCUUACAUCAACCACUUAGUGGAGAAAGGAGACUAUGACAGCGCCGCCAGGAAGUGCCAAAAGGUUCUCGGAAAAAACAUGGAUCUCUGGGAAAAUGAAGUGUACAGAUUCAAGACCAUCGGACAGUUAAAGGCCAUCAGCCAGUAUUUACCCCGAGGAGAUCUGCGCCUCAGACCGGCCAUCUAUGAAAUGAUCCUGCAUGAAUUUCUUAAAACUGACUAUGAGGGUUUUGCCACACUGAUCCGGGAGUGGCCUGGAGAGCUGUACAACAACAUGGCCAUUGUUCAGGCGGUCAAUGAUCACCUGAAGAGAGACCCCACUAACAGAACGCUGCUCAAGACGUUGGCUGAACUGUACACAUAUGACCAGCGGUACGACAGAGCCUUAGAGAUCUACCUGAAGCUGAGGCACAAAGAUGUUUACCAGUUGAUCCACAAACACAACCUGUUUUCCUCCAUAGAAGACAAGAUCGUGCUCCUAAUGGACUUUGACAAAGAGAAAGCUGUUGACAUGCUUCUGGAUAAUGAAGACAAGAUAUCAACAGACAGGGUGGUGGAGGAACUGGCAGACAGGCCCGAGCUUCUGCACGUGUACCUCCAUAAACUGUUCAAGCGGGACCACCACAAAGGCCAGAGAUACCACGAGAGGCAGAUUGUCCUGUAUGCCGAGUACGACCGUCCAAAUCUGUUGCCUUUCCUGAGGGACAGCACGCACUGCCCCCUUGAAAAGGCCCUGGAGGUUUGUCAGCAGAGGAACUUUGUAGAGGAGACCGUCUUCUUGCUCAGCAGGAUGGGUAACUGCAGGCGGGCACUGCAGAUGAUCAUGGAGGAGCUGGAGGACGUGGACAAGGCCAUCGAGUUUGCCAAAGAGCAGGAUGAUGCAGAGCUGUGGGAGGACCUCAUCUCUUACUCUAUUGACAAACCACCGUUCAUCACCGGCCUCCUUAAUAACAUCGGCACGCAUGUGGAUCCCAUCCUGCUCAUCCAUCGCAUUAAGGAGGGCAUGGAGAUACCAAACCUCAGAGACUCACUAGUAAAAAUCCUCCAGGACUACAAUCUGCAAAUUCUUCUGAGGGAAGGCUGUAAAAAGAUCCUGGUGGCCGACUCCCUCUCCCUGCUCCAGAAGAUGCACCGCACACAGAUGAGAGGAGUCCGGAUGGAUGAGGAGAACAUUUGUGAAUCGUGUCAUGCUACCAUAUUACCAUCAGACAUGGCCAAACCCUUUAAUGUGGUGGUGUUUCACUGCAGACACAUGUUUCACAAGGAGUGUUUACCUUCUGCAGGAACCAUUCCUGGUGUGCAGUUUUGUAACAUCUGCAGUGCAAAGAGGCGUGGGCCGGGAAGUGGAAUCUUAGAAAUGAAAAAGUAACAGUGACUUAUGCACUCACAAUGUCAUUAUUCAUGCUCUUAUCCCUCCCGCUGUUCUCUUUACUGUCAGCUGUCAGUACAUUGAUCAAUGAAUAUAACUUCCCCUCGCUCGCUGAACUGAACACUGGUAAGAAUGCCUUUAUAUUGGAUUGUUUCUGUAUAUUUAUUUCUAACAACUGUAGAAUACUGCACUUGUUUUGCCUCAAACUAAUGUGAUGUGGUGAUGACAUAUCUGCAUUGUCUGAAAAAUAAAAUCUCAGAAAAAAUG